CGUGCAAAAACGGAAAGGAGAAUAGCAUUCCAUUUUAUACCAAUGCACGAAAUACUAAUUAUACUACACAUUAUACUAAUGCACGAAACAAGCGGGUCUACUUUUUUUGAACUGUUGUCUCCAGGCUGCACGUACACAACUCAAGGGUAUAACAUAAACGCUGAAGAAAUGAAAGUGAAACCUCAUAUGUGAAACAAACACGCUGGAACCCGGAGACGAAGAAAUAGUGAAGAUGUCAAUCACGUUCAGUGGAUGGGAUAUCUGCUAUGAGAAACGGAGGCACCUAAAACCGGGCCAAGCCCCCAAGAGGGGACACGGCUACACCAUGUACCAUGGCACGCACAAGAGCAGUGCCCACGCUAUUGUGACGUUGGGGUUCAGGCCCUCCGCCGGAGGAACGCUGGGGCCCGGUGUCUACUGCAGCAGAGACAUCAACAAGGCCAUGUCGUACCCCGCGUUCUGUCCGCCUAACGAGAGGGUCGUCCUCCGGCUGCAGGUGCGAGUGGGGAAGGUAAAGAAGAUCGAUGGCCAGAGCAUGAGCAUGAUAACCACCUGGCACCAAAAUGGCUAUGACACGGCCUGGCUGCCCGCUUCGAUGGGACGCCCAGAGGAGGACUGCGUCUGGGACCCUAAGAGGCUGACUGUGGUAGGCAUAGAACACUGCACAGACCCAGCCACCAAGGGGGCCAUGGAGAGACUCAUCCAGCAGCAACAACAAGGAAAGGGACAAGGUCAGGGACACCCAGGGCAGGCAGGGUCCACCCACCAGGGUCAGUGUAAAAUAUGUGGGAAGCAGAUGCAAGGCACACACUUCAUUGAGAAGUGCUGGGGCUGUGGGACAACCAUUUGCCCUUUCAUGGAUAAGCAUGUCUGCCAUAGAAAGGGCUGA